AUGAAUUUAAAGCGUUGUUUGUUCAUGGGCAAGUUCUUGUGCAUGUUGUUGGUAUCCACCAAUGGUUGGUGGCCGUUUUCCAGCUCCUCUACUGAAGAGACCGAAGAAGAGCAAGGCCGUUAUUUGAAGAACAGUCCAGUUCCUUUCGAAAUGACGACAGCCGAAGAAAAAUUUUUGGCCGAGGCCAAGAAGUAUAUGGGAAAUCUUACACCAUUGGACACCUGUCAUCAGAUGGUCAUAAACCGAAUCAAGAAAUCCUGUAGCGAUAUCAACGAAGUUGAACUGGCAAAGUUAGGCGUGGCUCUCUUAAACUGUCAAUCAAAAUCCGAAGGAAGGAGAACGUACGAAUGCACAGAUGACAUGGAAUUGCGUGAUUGCACAGCUAAUAUGGAUGCCAACACGUGGAACAGUUAUCACAUCAUAAGCAACAGGGCGCGGUCGAUCUGCUAUGCCACCCGGCAGCAGCAGUUCAGACUGAAGACAGAAUUUACUGUCAAUCAGCUGGCCAGUCAAGCAGAAAAUCAAAUGGAGCUUAUGAACGGUUUACAAGAAGGUCAAAGGAGACUGACAGAAGUAGCAGAUGAUACUGUGAUUAGAGUGACCGCUGGUCAGGAACGUCUUGUGAAACAGCAAGAGCAACUACAUUCCAACUAUGACGAUGUACAGCGGUCGAUCGCGUUCUCAUUAAGAGGAAAUGUCAGAGCACUGCACCAGGAAAGAAUAAUGAUAGACAGCGGUCGGAAACAGCUCAAAGAUAUGGCGAAAGCGGUCAAAGAAAAGCUUGAGAAUGCUACAAUGGAAAUUCAGAAGCAGGAUCUGGACCGUAAAAAGAGCCACCGCAGAAUUUUAGACGACUUGAACAAAAUUCGUAGUAAGGCGGAAGAAGUGUGGAGUAAGAUAGACCAUAGCACACUUCAAAUGAAGUCGUACCACAGUGAGACCAUUCAACAUUACAAUGAAACUAUGGAAAAUCUGAAAACUAUCAACGAUACCAUCGGAUAUUUAAUAGAGGUAACCAAUCAGAUACAAGACAAGAUCGAUAACAGACUCGGUUGGUUGACGCGACAUCUGGGAGGGACUGGAGACAAACUAGUGUUGGUCACCACCUGCUUGAUGCAUGCUGGGUAUUUCGUCCUAGCAACCCUGUGUAUCUUGUUCCUGAAUGCACCUCUGUUCACUCGGCUUGUUCUCCUGAUCACAGUACCAAUCAAUGCAUGGAUGGAGAUCAAUUUUGACUCCAGUUUAUCAUACAGUACACUCUCUUGUAUCAUCGCUGUGGCUCUGCUAGGGAACUGGUUAUACUUCUACCUGACAAAGAAAUAUUUCCCAUCCAACGCUGAUCGACUUUCUAAAUCUUCAACUUUGGCAUUGAGUUCUGCGAGCUCUCUCUGUCGACAAGAAACUCCAAAUGAUAGAGAGAACAUACUGGAUACAAUAGACAGUAUAGAGAGCCUCGACGACUCAGCUGUGACUUUGACACCCAAAGAACCUGUGGGAAAUACCAAACGUCAAUUAAACCUUUACUUCCCAAAUGCAGCCUCCACCCCAAGUAGAAAAGUAACCCCUCCACGCAGGCGCUGUGGCGCUCCAACAAAAACAGGCUCAGCCUACAGUAUCGAGAGCCUGGACGACUCAGCUGUGACUUUGACACCCAAAAGACCUGUGGGAAAUACCGAAAGUCAGUUAAACCUUUCCUUCCCAGAUGCAGCCUCCACCCCAAGUAGUAAAGUAAGCACUCCACGCAGGCGCUGUUGUGCUCCAGAGAAAACAGGCUCAGCCUGUAAGAGAGUGAUCUCUAAUGGAAGCUUUAAAUGCACUACGCAUUUACGGAUGGAUUCCAGUUAUAUCUCGGAUGAGUGUUGGGAAACAGACUCGUAA